AUGACGAAAAUGCUUGGGAACCAGCCACUCGUGAUUGAUAAUGGGAGUGGUCUUUUAAAGGCAGGAUUUGCCGGUGGUGAAACACCUCAACUAGUUUUUCCAUCAUUUAUUGGUUCUACGAAACAUACACGGAUGAUGCCGGGUGGUGCCUAUGAAGGGGGUGACGUGUUUGUAGGGAAUCGAGUGCAACAUCAUCGUGGAUUGUUUAAGAUUCAGUAUGCUAUGGAACAUGGCAUUGUGACGGACUGGAAUAGUAUGCAUCGUGUCUGGCAACAUGUGUACUCAAAGGACAUGCUGAAUGUACAGAGUGAGGACCAUCCUGUGCUGCUUACAGAGGCACCAUUGAAUCCAAUGACUAAUCGCCAACGGGCGGGUGAAGUUUUCUUUGAGGCGUUUAAUGUCCCGUCAUUAUUUGUAUCUCCUCAAGCAGUCUUAAGUCUCUAUGCUUCUGGACGUACAACGGGUGUAGUACUUGAUGUGGGAGAUGGAGUUGCACAUGUUGUGCCCGUUUACGAAGGCUUUACACUGCCUCAUGCUAUCACUAGGAUGGAUAUUGCAGGACGAGACGUGACACAACAGUUGCAGUUGCUAUUGCGUCGAGCAGGUUACAAUUUUCAAACGUCAGCAGAGAGAGAGGUGGUGAGAGAGAUCAAGGAGAAGCUAUGCUAUGUGGCUUUUAACCCCACGAAAGAAGAGCAACUGGAAGCUGAAAAGUCGGCUCUUGCAGUCAAGGACAUGCUCGGUACCAAGUCAAAGCCCGCUGGAUCAUCAGGGGACGCCACUUCAGCCUAUUAUCUGCCAGACGGCACGCUGCUCAACAUCGGUCCAGAGAAAUUUCGAGCUCCAGAGUUGCUGUUCCGACCGGAAAUAAUUGGCUCGGAGGCACGUGGGGUGCACGAGUGUUUGGUGCAGGCCAUUAUGAAGUCGGAUCUUGAUUUGAGGAAGACCCUCUUCUCGCAGAUCAUCCUUUCCGGUGGCUCGACGCUUUUCCCUGGCUUUGGCGAUCGUUUACUCGCCGAAGUGCGCAAAAAAGCACCUAAGGACAUCAAAAUUCGCAUUUCAGCACCGCCCACGCGUAUCUACUCCACAUGGAUCGGUGGCUCUAUUUUGGCUUCGCUUGCAACAUUCAAGAACAUGUGGAUUACCAAGAGCGAAUACGAGGAGUAUGGACCUUCAAUUCUGCAUCGCAAGAAUUUGUAG